CUUUUAAAAAAAUUGCUUAAAUGUGUCGAAGUGGUUUCGCAAAUAACUGACUUUAGCACGAAUCACGGGUCACAGACACGCCCAAAUCUCGUGACCGGUCGGGUCCCUCAGCUAUGAAGAAAAUGCCCACGGCACGUUUCACACGAGUCUCCUCACCCGUCCAUGGAUUUUACUCUGCUUAAUACACUAUCUCACACACGCCCCAUUCGUGCCAAACCCUAAUUCACACAUAUGCACGCUCGUCCAUCCCUCACACGCGUGAAACCUUUUCUCUCACGCGCUCGCCUCUCCCUUAUUCACGCGCCACCUCACCCUCGCUGGAAAUAGCCAUUUUCUCCGCCCCACUCCCUCGCUUCUUCCAUCUUCGCAUCACUGGGGAACACUCAUCUUUCCACGUCGGAGAUGCCUCCAGUUGCCGGGAACUUUGAUAUGUUCACAUAAAUUGCUCGGCUGGAGGCAAGAACGUGAGAGACGACGAAGGAUUGGGGAUAUUUCGAAGCUUCAUUUCUGGAGAAUUGAAGAUUCCCGUGAGAAUUACUUGAGAAACUGAGAUGCUACUUUCAAGGAAAAGCUGAAAUUGAGCUGGGACAGAGUGAUCAGCAGAUCUGGUUGUUGCAUUGUAAGAGAAAUACAUGCAGAUAAGUUUUAAUCCUAAGGUAUUUUGGGGUUAAGGGUCCUGGAUUAGAGUGGGAAGUUAAGUCCGCUGAUAUGCAGAAGCUGAUAGGAGCUAAUGAGGAAGAUGAUGAAGAAGAAAUUGAAAUGGAUGUAAAAGAAGAGGAUAAUGAGAAUGGACAGAAGCAUAUUUCUGCUCAGAUGAUGUUGGGGGCUGAUGGAGUGAUGCCAAGUACCAGUCAUCAGUUUCAAAUUCAGCAGCAACUACAAGAGCAAGUGAGCACCCCAGGUGGAGGAGCUCGGAGGUCAAGACCAUUAGAAGAAAAGGAGCGAACAAAGCUAAGAGAGCGGCAUCGAAGAGCAUUAACAGCAAGGAUUUUGGCAGGGUUGCGGAAGCAUGGGAACUAUAACCUGAGGGUUAGAGCUGAUAUAAAUGAUGUGAUUGCAGCUUUGGCCAGGGAAGCUGGCUGGGUUGUUCUUCCCGAUGGAACCACUUUUCCAUCAAGAUCUCAGGGUUCAAGGCCUGCUGGUGACUCUUCCGCAGGCUUGACUUCAUCAUCCUCUGAGAUGCUAUCACAACAGGCCCCACCUACCUCCUUGCAGGGAGUCUCCUCUGGAUAUUGCGCCUUGGUAGAGUACAAUGCUUGUCAUAUGAAGGGUGUUUUCAUGCCUACUCCUGCACCUUAUGAUCUAUCCUCAAGUGGCCAUUCUCAGAGUUCAGGCAUGGUUGGAAAUGGUGGUGAACAAACGGAAAGUCUUCCUCUUAUUGCUGGCUCGAUGGAAGUGAUUAAUGAUAAACAGAUUAUUGGACUACCUCUUAAGCUACCAGAACGUGAUUUUGCUGGCACUCCUUAUGUUCCAGUUUAUGUAAUGCUACCAUUGGGGGUUGUCAACAUGAAGUGCGAGCUAGUUGAUCCAGACGGUCUUCUAAAGCAGCUAAGAGUAUUGAAAUCAAUCAAUGUAGAUGGGGUCAUGAUUGACUGCUGGUGGGGAAUAGUGGAAGCUCAUGCUCCUCAAGAAUAUAACUGGAAUGGUUACCGAAAACUCUUUCAGAUGGUUCAUGAGCUUAAGCUUAAGUUGCAGGUUGUGAUGUCAUUUCAUGAAUGUGGUGGCAAUGUUGGUGAUGAUGUUUGUAUUCCACUUCCCCAUUGGGUUGCAGAAAUUGGUAGAAGCAAUCCUGACAUAUUUUUUACUGAUAGGGAAGGAAGAAGAAACACUGAAUGCCUCUCCUGGGGAAUUGAUAAGGAACGAGUUUUAAGGGGCCGAACUGCUGUUGAGGUGUACUUUGACUUUAUGAGAAGUUUCCGAGUGGAAUUUAAUGAAUUUUUUGAGGAUGGCAUCAUAUCCAUGGUUGAAGUUGGACUAGGUCCCUGUGGGGAGCUACGGUACCCAUCUUGCCCAGUAAAGCAUGGAUGGAGAUAUCCUGGGAUUGGGGAGUUCCAGUGUUAUGAUCAGUACAUGUUAAAAAGCCUGAGGAAGGCAGCAGAAAUGAGGGGACACAGCUUUUGGGCUAGAGGGCCAGAUAAUGCCGGAUCGUAUAGUUCCCACCCACAUGAAACUGGUUUCUUUUGUGACGAAGGAGACUAUGAUGGUUACUAUGGACGGUUUUUCCUUAAUUGGUACUCUGAGUUAUUAAUCAAUCAUGGAGACCUGGUACUCUCAUUGGCAAAGUUAGCUUUUGAAGGCAGUUGCAUUGCAGCAAAGCUGCCAGGUAUCCACUGGUGGUACAAAACAUCCAGUCAUGCUGCUGAAUUAACUGCUGGAUUCUACAAUCCUUGCAAUCGAGAUGGCUAUAUUGCAAUAGCAGCAAUGCUACAUAAGCAUCGAGCUGCUUUAAACUUUGCAUGUGCUGAACUGCAAUUUUUGGAGCAGCUUGAAGACCUGCAGGAAGCACUGGCAAAUCCUCAGGGUUUAGUCUGGCAGGUGCUGAAUGCAGCAUGGGAGGCUUGCAUUACAGUUGUAAGCGAGAAUGCUUUUGUUUGCCAUGAUAGGGUAGGCUAUAACAAGAUCUUGGAGAAUGUGAAACCAGUAAAUGAUCCAGAUGGGAGACAUUUCUCAUCAUUUACUUACCUAAGGCUCACCCCACUUCUCAUGGAGAGACAGAAUUUCAUGGAAUUUGAACGGUUUGUGAAGCGAAUGCAUGGGGAAGCAGUUCUAUAUCUGCAGGUAUAAUAAAAGAGUAGGAAAGGUGUUAGAAGUAUUUUGUGUCAUUCCGCUUGCCCCUCCCUCAACAAAUGUUGCAUAAUAUUAGAGCAAAUAGGAUUCUGAUUUUAAUUUAUUUGACAAACACGUGUGAAUGAAAUUAGGGAUCGCAAUGGUGAAUUAUUUUGGACCACUGCUGCUCUUUUACUCUUUUUAACUCAGUUAUCUCCAGCAAGAGGCUCUUGAUGCUCCAUGUUUCUCCAGCAUCACCGAAUGAGACCUUUUUAUUUUGGGAUUUGAAUUUCAUGUCACUUUUUGUAGGUAAUUUAUGAGUGGGGAUCCAUAUAAUUUUGAGUAAUAGCAAAACUGCUGUCCUGUUUCAA